AUGAACCCUGUUAGCAUUGGAGAGUACCACGGGCUACGGGUGGGGGCGGCCCUGCUCAGUAUUGUGGCGGGCUGCAUCAUCAUUGGCGUGUCCAGAGAAUGUGAUGCUGAUGCUGUCGGAGGUAUCUUCCUGGGAGCGGGCGGCCUUGGCCUGCUCAUAGCAAUCUACCCCUUCAUAAAAGCUUGGCUCAACAUCAACCAUAUCCUUCCAUCCUUCGCAAACUUCAGAGUGCACCCAACACCUGCCAAUCCUGCUUCUGAUCAGCCAGCUGAGACACUGAGACGAGAAGGGACUCAGAGUCAGAUACAUCUGGAACGGUCUAAGAGUCGUAUGGGAACCUUUGUGGAGGGUAGACCAAUGGCUGAGGCCAAACCGGAUGAAGGGACUUCUUCAGACAUGCCAGAUGUCUUAUCGAGACAGAAGCAAAAGACUUCUGAUCAAGACCUGCCAUGAUGUCAUCAUCCAGCAAGACUGACCACUCCAUGUAUGAAUAU